GUGAGCCUGCUUCUCUCUCGAUGUUGCUCGACUUUAAUGCCUUUUGAUUUAAGGAGCCUGAUGACCCCCUCCAGGGGUUGAGCUGCAGAGAAAUGAAGAGAGGCUCUCAAAUCCGCCUGUUACUGUGGAAAAAUUGGACACUCCGCAAAAGACAAAAGAUCCGCUUCCUGGUGGAGAUCUUCUGGCCAGUAUUGUUGUUCGUCGGUCUGGUGUGGCUGAGGAAGGCCAAUCCGCUGUACCAACAACAUGAGUGUCACUUCCCCAACAAGGCCAUGCCUUCGGCGGGGAUUCUCCCCUGGAUCCAGGGGAUCUUUUGCAACGCCAACAACCCCUGUUUCAGAUAUCCAACCCCGGGAGAGUCACCCGGCGUCGUGUCCAACUACAACAACUCAGUACUAGCGCGGUUCUACGCUGACGUCCAAGAGCUCUUGUUCGAUGAGACAGAGGUUCAGCAGCUUGACAGGCUUUGGCGUGACAUCACAUCCUUCUCUAACUUUAUGGAUACUUUACGCAUCAACCCCUCUGCAGUUGCAGGCCGCGGGCUGAAGGUUGAGGACAUCAUGAAGGAUGACGAAGUUUUGACGGCCUUCCUGUUAAGAGACGCCGGCCUCUCAGAGUCUGUAGUCCACCAACUCGUAAAUGCAAAAAUACGUCUGGAACAGUUUGCGUUUGGAGUCCCAGACCUGCAGCUGAAGAACAUAGCGUGCAGCCAGUCUCUGCUGGAGCGUUUCAUCAUCUUCCCCAGUCGGAUGGGCCUCCACGGGGUUCGCAACGCCAUGUGUGCCCUCAGCCAGCAAAUGCUGCAAAAGAUCGAGGACAUCCUUUAUGGCAAUCUGGACUUUUUCAAGAUCUUUAAACUGAUGCCUCAGGUUCUGGACAGCAGAUCUCCGGGGAUUGACCUGCAUUUCUGGGGUCGGGCUCUCAGGGCAACGUCGGAGAAGAUCCAAUUGCUGAUGAAACAGGAGAGCUCUCAGGAGCUCCUCAAGGAGGUGUCCUCUCUGUUCCGAGCUGGAGGUCCUUCCUCCUUCACCCAGCUGAUGUCCAGUGUGUCGCACCUCUUCUGUGGGUACCCAGAGGGAGGGGGCUCCAGGGUCCUGUCCUUCAACUGGUAUGAAGACAACAACUAUAAGGUGUUUCUGGGGGUCAACGGCAGCAAGAGUCACGACUACGUCUACGAUGACACUGCCACUCCCUUUUGCAACUCCCUGAUGCAGACCCUGGAGUCCAACCCCGUCACAAAGAUCGUGUGGAAUUCAGUCAAACCCCUGCUGAUGGGAAAGAUCCUGUACACGCCCGACUCCCCGGCCGUCCGCAAGAUAUUAAAGAAUGCCAACACCACGUUUGAGGAGCUCGAGAGGCUGCAGAACAUGGCCAAGGCCUGGGAGGAGGUGGGACCCCAGCUCUGGGCUUUCUUCCACAGCAGCGUUCAGAUGAACAUGAUCAGGGAUACGCUGCGGAACCCAACAGUGCUGCAUUUCAUGGACAACAGUCUGGAUGAAACGAGCUUCAGCACCAAAGACAUCCUGAACUUUCUGCACAACGGACCAGAAGACAGGAGGGAGGCGGGAACAGCAAACUUUGACUGGAGGAAUAUUUUUAACAUCACUGACCAGAUUGUACGCAUAUUCAACCAAUAUGGAGAGUGCAUCAGUCUGGAUAAGUUUGUGGCUUACACGGACGAGGCCCAGAUGAUCCAUCAGGCCUUGCACUUGCUGGAGGAGAACAAGUUUUGGGCCGGCGUGGUCUUCGAGGACAUGUAUCCCUGGACCGCGAGUGUCCCCCCGCAUGUCAAGUACAAGAUCAGGAUGGACAUCGAUGCAGUGGAGCGGACUAACAAGAUCAAAGACAGGUACUGGGAUCCUGGUCCCAGAGCGGAUCCCGUGGAGGACCAGAGGUACAUCUGGGGCGGUUUUGCGUACCUGCAGGACAUGAUCGAUCACGGGAUCAUUAAGCUUCACACGAGCAACGAUCGGCCUCUCGGGGUCUACGUCCAGCAGAUGCCAUAUCCUUGUUAUGUGGAUGACCUCUUUAUGAUCACGCUGAACCGCUGCUUCCCCAUGUUCAUGGUGCUGGCCUGGAUCUACUCCGUGUCCAUGACGGUGAAGAGCAUCGUGCUGGAAAAGGAGCUGCGCCUCAAAGAGACCCUCAAAGCCAUGGGGGUCGACAGCGGGGUCAUUUGGUGCACCUGGUUCAUCGACAGCUUCAUCGUGAUGACUGCGAGCACGGCUCUGCUGACCGCUAUCAUAAUGGGGGGGAAGGUGCUGAACUACAGCGACCCACUCCUUGUCUUCUUCUUCCUGCUGACCUUCACCGUGGCCACCAUCAUGCAGUGUUUCCUGAUGAGUGUGUUCUUCAACAAGGCCAACCUGGCAGCGGCCUGCAGUGGUAUCAUCUACUUCACCCUCUAUCUGCCACACAUCCUUUGUUUCACCUGGCAGGACCGGAUCACCAACAACAUCAAACUGGCAGCAAGCGUACUGUCUCCAGUGGCCUUUGGCUUUGGCACCGAGUACUUGUCCCGGUAUGAGGAACAGGGUUUGGGUCUGCAGUGGAACAACAUCCAAACCAGCCCAUUAGAGAAAGACACUUACUCCUUCCUCACCUCCAUCCUCAUGAUGGUGUUCGAUGCCGUCUUCUACGCGCUCCUGGCCUGGUACCUGGACAACGUGUUCCCAGGGCAGUAUGGCAUUGGUCGACCAGUCUACUUCCCACUCCAGCCUUCAUACUGGCACAGACCAACUCCUUCAGUUACAGAAAGGUCUGAUCAAGAUUCUAAGAAACCUGAACCAGAGAACCAAGAGCUGGACGUUGAGAGCAGCGCUACGCCAGAGACGAACGCCUGCAACGGCUCUGCCAGCAAGAAAACCUGCAAACACCGAAGUAAGAGGGAGCAGCUGGAGCGAGAACGAGAGCUGCUGAAGCUGCAGGAGGAGAGUCCGAACCAGGAGGAGCAGGCUCAGGAUCCUGCUGGAAGAGAGGGCCUGUUGUUCUUUGAGCCCGACCCCGUGGACCUGGUUUUGGGGGUCCAGAUUCAGGAUCUGGUGAAGGUGUUUGACAGAAGCUCUCGUCCGGCUGUGAACUGCCUCAACAUCAACUUCUAUGAGGGGCAGAUCACGUCCUUUUUAGGGCACAACGGGGCAGGAAAGACAACAACGCUGUCUAUCCUGACAGGUCACUACCCCCCCACAUUUGGCACAGCCUACAUCAACGGAAGAGACAUUAAAACUGACAUUGACAUCAUCCGCACGUCUAUGGGGAUGUGUCCGCAGCACAACAUUCUCUUCAACCACCUCACGGUGGAGGAGCACAUCUUGUUCUACUCUCUGCUGAAGGGUCGGACUCGAGAGGAGGCGGAGGCGGAGGUCGAGAGCAUGCUGCUGGACCUGGGACUGCCUCACAAGAGAGACGACGAGGCCCAGAACCUCUCAGGAGGUAUGCAGAGGAAGCUCUCCGUCGCCAUGGCGUUUGUGGGAGGGUCAAAGGUCGUCAUUCUGGAUGAACCGACCUCAGGAGUGGAUCCGUAUUCCAGAAGAUCCAUUUGGGACCUCCUGCUGAAAUACAGAACUGGGCGCACGGUGAUUCUGUCCACACACCACAUGGACGAGGCCGACCUGCUGAGCGACCGCAUCGCCAUCAUCUCCAAAGGACAGCUGUACUGCUGCGGCUCGCCGCUGUUCCUCAAAAACUGUUUCGGCGUCGGUUUCUAUUUAACGCUCGUGCGCCGUAUAAAGGUCCUCAGGAAGAGAGAGAAUGAAUGUGACUGCGCCUCAGACUGCUCCUGUGCCUGCUCCAUCUGCACCAGAUACAAAGAUCAGUCUCAGAACCAGCUCCAGCAGCUGGACCGAGUUCUGGACGGGGACGUAGACAGCAUCACCACCCUCAUCCACCAUCACGUCCCCGAGGCGAAGCUGAUCGAGACCAUCGGGCAGGAGCUGACCUAUCUGCUCCCCAGUAAAGGCUUCAAACAUCGAGCCUACGCCAGUCUGUUCCGGGAGCUGGAGGAGAUGCUGGCUGACAUGGGCCUGAGCAGCUUCGGCAUCUCCGAUACGUCACUGGAAGAGAUAUUCCUAAAGGUCACAGCAGAAGGAGAAGCUGCAAAUAAUGCCACCACUGCCGAGCAGUGGAUGUUACAGGGAAGAAAGAAUGGCAGCAGAGUUGGUGUAGGAGGAGACGAAGAACAAAACGGUGUAAACCACACACCUGACAGCAGUGCAGGGAAAGCCUCCAGACAGGUGAAAGGUGCCGCUCUGACCCUGAAGCAGUUCCACGCUCUGCUGGUGAAGAGAUUCCACCACGCCACGAGGAGCCAGAAAGAUUUCCUGGCACAGAUCGUCCUUCCUGCCACCUUUGUCUUCAUAUCUCUGAUCUUCACCCUGAUUGUUCCUCCGUUCGGAGAAUAUCCCAGUCUGACUCUGAGCCCCUGGAUGUACGGACAACAGUUCACCUUCUUCAGCAAUGAGCAUCCGUUUGACCCCAGGAUGAAACACUUCAUAGAUCGCUUGUUAAAUCGGCCGGGCCUGGGCACACAAUGCAUGCAAGGAGAACCACAGGGGAUGCCGUGUAACAACAGCAUCUCAGAGUGGGAACAGCCCGACGUCUCCUCUGUGGUCCUGAACAUCUUACAGAGUCCUGAGUGGAACGAGCAGAACCCGUCACCUUCCUGCCAGUGCAGCACAAGUCAGAAGCUCACCAUGAUGCCCAUCUGUCCUGUCGGUGCAGGGGGCCUGCCCCCUCUGCAGCGAGUGGAGGCCACCGGAGACAUCAUGCUGGAUCUGACGGGCCGGAACAUCUCAGACUAUCUGGUCAAAACCUAUCCCAGCCUCAUCAGAACCAGUUUGAAAAGUAAAUACUGGGUGAACGAACAAAGGUACGGAGGUCUCUCAGUGGGUGGACAACUUCCUGUUCUGAAUCUGAACCCCAAAGACGUCCAGAAUAUUUUCCAUCAGCUGGGACGAAUGCUCAACACAACAGGGGGUCACUUUAGCAGACUUUCAUUGAGGGAGUUUGGGACAUUCUUGCGAUACAUGGAGAGUGAGUUUAACGUAAAGGUAUGGUAUAAUAACAAAGGUUGGCACUCCAUGGUAGCCUUCAUGAAUGUGGCAAAUAAUGCAAUCCUGCGGGCCCACCUUCCUCCGUCUGCCAGACCUGUUGAGUUUGGGAUCACUGCCAUCAACCACCCACUGAACCUGACAAAGGAGCAGCUUUCAGAAGUCACAGUGUUGACCACGUCCGUUGAUGCAGUGGUGGCAAUCUGUGUUAUUUUUGCCAUGUCCUUCAUCCCUGCUAGCUUCGUCCUCUAUCUCAUUCAGGAGCGAGUGACCAAAGCCAAGCACCUGCAAUUUGUCAGUGGGGUCAGUCCACUGGUUUACUGGGUGACCAACUUCUUCUGGGACAUGAUAAACUAUUCUCUCAGCACCGCCAUGGUGGUUGGUAUUUUCAUGGCUUUUGAUAAAAAAUGUUACACGUCACCAACUAACCUUCCAGCACUAAUAGCUCUGCUGCUUCUGUAUGGGUGGUCCGUGACGCCCAUGAUGUACCCCAUGUCCUACGUCUUCAAUGUCCCGAGCACAGCGUAUGUAUCCCUGUCCUGCAUCAACCUCUUCAUCGGCAUCAACAGCAGCGCCAUCACAUUUGUCCUGGAACUUUUUGAAAACAAUCGGUCUUUGCUGACCUUCAACGAGUGGCUGAAGAAAUGCUUGCUGGUGUUCCCUCACUUCUGCCUGGGCCGUGGACUCAUCGACAUGGCCAUGAAUCAAGCCGUCACUGACGUUUACGCCAGGUUCGGUGAAGAGUACACAACGGAUCCUUUCCGUUGGGACUUUGUGGGGAAAAACAUUGCUUUCAUGGCGGUGGAAGGCUUUGUGUACUUCAUUCUCAGUCUCCUGAUCCAGUAUCGGUUCUUCUUGAACCAUUGGUUAUCAGACUACAAGCAGGUUUCAGUAGAAGAUGAGGAUGAUGAUGUGGCAGCAGAGAGGCAGAGGAUUUAUGAUGGAGGGAGCAAGACGGACAUUCUGCAGAUGAGGGAUCUCUCCAAGACGUAUGUGGGCAGAGAGAGGGCAGCUGUGGACCGGAUUUGUGUGGGAGUCCCUGCAGGAGAGUGCUUUGGUCUUCUGGGAGUGAAUGGAGCUGGAAAGACGACAACAUUUAAAAUGCUCACGGGUGACGCUGAUGUCAGCUAUGGAGAGGCUACUGUGGCGGGUUACAGCAUCCUCACAGAGAUCCUUGAUGUGCACCAGAACAUGGGUUACUGCCCCCAGUUUGAUGCCAUUGAUGAGCUCCUUACCGGCAGGGAGCAUCUCUACCUUUACGCUCGUCUCAGAGGGGUACCGGAGUCAGAGAUCCCCAGAGUGGCAGAGUGGGGCAUCCAGAAGCUCGGUCUGACAGAUUAUGCAGGCUGCUGUGCAGGAACAUACAGUGGAGGGAACAAACGCAAACUCUCUACCGCCAUUGCGAUGAUUGGCUGCCCAGCCCUGGUGCUCCUGGAUGAGCCCACGACAGGGAUGGACCCGCACUCUCGGCGCUUCCUGUGGAACGCCAUCAUGAGCGUCAUUCAGGACGGCAGGGCCGUGGUGCUGACUUCACACAGCAUGGAGGAGUGUGAGGCUCUGUGCACUCGACUGGCCAUCAUGGUCAAUGGGACCUUCAAGUGUCUCGGGACCAUCCAGCAUCUCAAAUACAAAUUUGGUGACGGCUACGUAGUGACCAUGAAAAUCAAGGCAGCUAAAGCAGGCUUGUCCCCAGAGCUGGAGCCUGUGGAGAGCUUUAUGGAGAGCUCUUUCCCCGGCUGUGUUCAGCGGGAGAAACACUACAACACCCUGCAGUAUGAAAUCGCCUCAUCCUCCCUGGCCAGGAUCUUUCAGGUGGUGGUGGCCAAUAAAGAGAGGCUCAGCAUUGAAGACUACUCCGUGUCCCAGACAACUCUGGACCAGGUGUUUGUCAACUUUGCCAAGCAACAGACAGGAGAGGAUGAAAAUGUCACGUUACACAGACGGAAAGGACACUCAAGAAAAGAUGUGAAGAUCUCACCAGCAAGGAGAAACAAAUGAAAGGUAAAGAGCCUUACUAUGUAAAAA